GUGAUACAAGACUUCAUGGUGUGUUCAAUAAAAUUUCUGAUAUUUGGCAACAUCAGAACUGUGUAUCCAGGCAGAAAAUGACGUCAGACGUUAUAGAGUCCAUUCUUCCAGAAAGAUUCAAUGUUCCAGUUGCCGUCCGGACAAAAACGGCUGAUGCCACAGGACACUCCCCUAUAGUCACGAAGCUAGGACGGAAAGAGCCGAAGUUGAACCGAACGCCAAAAUCGUCACGUACACCGUUGCUUUUGACGGAGAGUUAUAAGCUCUAAACAGCUGUGUUUGGCAUCAGUGUGGAAGCAACCAUAAGUGUUGUGGUUUGCUCAUUUGUUGACAAAAGUGCUCGUGUUGUGGUAUUCAUGACAAUGGAAGUGAUACCGUGUCCAGUAAGUGUGUAUUUCUCUAAUAGUCCAGGGGGCUACCGUGACUAUGGGCCAGACGACUGCGAGGAAGAAGACGGGGCCUGCCAGGCGCUUGCGCAGAGGCUAGAAGACGAGUUGCGGGCUGCCAAAUCUGCGCAGCUUGCUUGUGGUGAGGUUCUCCUGCCUGCCGAUCUGUUGCCACACAUAGCCCGUGAUGUCCUUCGGAUGGCAGAGAACGAGCCAUGCGGACUGAGGGGAUGUACGCUGUUCAUCAACUUUGAGAAUGACCACGUGUGCAGACGGAUAGGAACUAUCAAGUGUGACCCUAGUACAGUGUCCACCUUUGAGCUUUUCCUCACGCUCAAGCAAGACAGCAGCUCCUGGCAUUCGCUGCUACCGCAGUUUCUCAAGAACCUGACGAGGGGUGGCACAAUAAUGAUCAGCCAAGGUUUCACUCUCGAGAAGAAGAAGCUGUACCGCAGCUACCUAGAAUAGUCCCCCCCCCCCUCAAGCCCAAUCAUGAGAGCCAAGACUGACCUUUCUCCUCUAUCAUGCAGGAGGAAGUACACACCUCAGGGCCAAUCUACGGCUUGGCAUUCUGGGAAUUUUGCUUGGCCAAGAGAUGAAAUGAGGUUAGGAGAGAACCACCCCAAGUUGCUAGAAUGAAACUAUGUGUACGAUUUAUCUCAUAUUGUAAAAUAUAGUUCAUUGUGAUUGGCUGGUCAUCUUCCAGUAUACAAAUUUUGAGCAGCUGCGUAGAAAGUCGUAAGACUGGCAGUUUUAAGAGUACCUGCUGUACGCGCUUUGACCAGUGUCGUCUGUACGAGUGUUCUGUAUUUUUUUUAAGUGUUUUGUGAUUCGGUGUGAAUGGACUAAAUGGGCUGUUACAUCCCAUUCUUGAAUGUCACCCGUGGGGGGGUGGGGCAUUUGUGCUCCCAAUUUUUGUGAUGUAUGCAUUUUACUUUUUUUGUCUUUUUUAAAGCAAAAAUAAUGAAACGAGUAGUAAAAUUUUUCCAACCGCGCUGCUAGGUUUUCCCGCUUCGAUAGAUUUAGUUGUAGUGCCUGCUUUUAGAUUAAUAGAUUUCCUCCAACACCAAAGAUGAACCGUUUUAGGUGCCAUGAUCUCAUAACAUGAAGGUGUUGAAGUAAUUGACAUUUCUAAAGGAGCUGACGGCGUGCGGGGUUUUGCUAGCGGUAGGAAGUCAUUUCUUGCUGUGCGAAGGCGGGACUGUCCGACUGUGGUCCCUCGCUAACGUUUGUGAUUGGUUGGUCAGACAACUUUGCAGAACGACGAAUCCUGCCACAGCGCACUGAGGCACUUGGCGUCUGUAGAGAGCAGCGAAGUCAACAAUACUCUUUGUUUCAUUGUGAUACGUACUCGUCCUUUUCAUUAUGGAGUGUGAUGUGUUUCUAAAAGGGGCAAGGGUUUUUUUUUUUUCAAGCAGGAUACACACUCGUCUUGGUGGGCCUUCGUGUAAUUUCUUUCGAGCAGUAUUCUUUAUUUCUCGUAAUUUUAUAUUAUAAAAAAUUGAAUAUCUUUGUCUUUCAUGUACAUAUAUGAGAGUUUAAUGUUGUAAUAGAUUAAUAAAAUAUAUGCUUUUUGUACUCUCAUGAAUUGAGUGAAGAAAAACCAAAAUGAAUUUAAAAAAAAACUGAAAUAAAACAGUUGAAGUGAUGGAA